AGCGAAAACCAGCAGAUCUGACACUUCCAAGCUCCAGAGAAAGCGAUACUAACAGCACCGUGACUCCAGCAAUGGCACCUACAAUCACUGCAGCUAUGCGAUACUCACAGGGACACGUGGCAAUGACAAACAAAUUGAGAAAACCGGUGGUUGAAAAGAUGCGCAGAGAUCGUAUCAACAGCAGCAUCGAGCAGCUCAAGACGUUACUGGGAAAAGAAUUCGUGAAGCAGCAGCCCGAUUCCAAACUGGAGAAAGCGGACAUCCUGGAAAUGACCGUCUGCUACCUGAGACAGAGCGCCUCCGCCCGGCCAGCGACGGGAAACGAAGGCUACUCCAGGUGUGUGCAAGAAAUCGUGCGCUUCCUUUCCCGGGAUGAAAUGAAGACAGAAACCCAGAGAAAACUACUGAACCAUUUCCAAGCUGCGCAGAAUUGUCCAGUGCAUCAGACCCCCGUCAAAGAGGCGACCCCGGUGAAGAGUGCCCUCUGGCGGCCCUGGUAGAUCACAACGGACACUGUCACUUUGAACACUUUGACAUACAGAAUUCAACAUGCCUGUCUAUGAUGGGCAUAUACAGUAAUUCUCAUUGUGUAGGGGGUGUUUCCCUUCCUCUUUUGCUUGUGCAGAAGAUUUGAAUGCUACUUUCAUUGAUUGAAAGGAAACACAAUAGUUACCCAAUGCUGGGGCAAUAUUGUGUACGCUAGUAUCUGUUCAUUCUUGUUAUACAAGGAGUGUGUAUGCAGCGAUGACGCUGUUUAGUUCAAAGUCAUUUCUGUUUAUAGAAAUAUUAUGAUGAGUAAAACUCGGGUAUUCCUGUCCUCUGUGAAGGCAAUAUAUCCUGAAUGGAAUCUUGUCUCACAAGAAUUGUGCGUGCAUAGCUAAUGCUAACGAUUUUUAAAUUGUUUGAAAGUUACUUUUCUCUGAAGAGAAAUUAUUUGAAAUAGUAUGGGUAUUCAUGCCUCUUGUGAUGGCAAUAUAUCUGUAAUUGUAUAUAAUUACACAGGAAGUGUGUACGCAUUGCUGAAACUGUUUGGUAUUUCUUUAUAAAGUAAAACUGAAAUACUUCAAACAGUAUUUAUAUAACGACCUGUUCUGAAGGUGGCAUCUCUUUAUUGUAUCUUGUUACACAAGAAAUCUGUAUUAUUGAUGAAAAAUUAUUCCCAAAAUAUGAACUUGAUCCUUCAUUGUAAAGAAAUAUUAAGAUACUAUCAAUACAGUUAUACAUGUGUGUGUGUCUUCUGUGAAGGCAAUAUCCUCUUAUUGUACCUUGUUAGACAAGACGUGUGUGUGCAUUGCUGAAAAACAUUAUUUUAAAUACUGUAUAAUGUGCAUGUGUGCCUUUUAUAAAGGCAGUAUCUCAAAGAGUAGCUCACGCUGAGUGAAUCUUAUAUGAAAUAUGUUGUGUUGAAGUUUUCUUCAAGGUGUGGUAGUGAUUUUGUAAAUCAGAGUGCAGAGUAUCUGUAGAAGUGGACUUUUUGAGUAGCCUGUAUCAGGGCAUUAUCGAUGCAGUGUAUUGUGUAUCCUCAGAACUGUCUGAUGAAUCCAGCAUUGAAAUCUGUGAGUGACACAUGUCUCAUGUGUCAAUCAAAUA